AUGGCGGCGGCGGCGGGGGGUGCGGCGCUGUGGCGGCGGUUCUCGGCCUGGCUGCCGCGGGGCCGCCUGGGUCUGGCUGCGCUGCUCGGCCGCCUCUCGGAUCGCCUGUCCCGCGGCCGCGACCGCCGUGCUCGCAGAUCAUCAUGGCUUCUCCUAGCCCCACUGCUCACCCCUUCUGUUCCUGUGAUCACAGCCCCACCUUGUUCCCUCUGUCCAGAAGGAGCACACAGGUUCCAGUGGAUUGGGAAUCUGGUUCCAGAGUUUGGGAUCUCCAGCUCACAUAUCAAGGUGCUUUCAUCCCCAGCUGAAUUCUAUGAACUCUUGAAGGUACAGAUAAAAUCAGCCAAGCAGCGAGUGGUGAUGGCUUCACUCUACCUGGGAACAGGGCUCCUUGAGCAGGAGCUGGUGGAUUGCUUAGAAGAAACACUGGAGAAAUCCUUCCAAGCAAAGGGAUCGUCUGACCUCAGAGUUUCCAUUCUUCUGGACUACACCAGAGGAUCUCGGGGUCGGAAGAAUUCCCGGACAAUGCUGAUUCCAUUGCUACAGCGAUUUCCCGAGCAAGUCCGUGUGUCCCUCUUCCACACCCCGAACCUGCGUGGGCUGCUCAGGCUCCUGAUUCCAGAGCGCUUUAAUGAGACCAUUGGACUGCAGCACAUCAAGGUCUAUCUCUUUGAUGAUAAUGUGAUCCUCAGCGGUGCAAACCUGAGUGAUUUGUACUUCACCAAUCGCCAGGACCGCUAUGUUCUCCUGCAGGACUCUCCUGAGAUCGCAGACUUCUUCACGGAGCUGGUGGAUGCAAUUGGAGACGUGUCCCUGCAAUUGCAGCGAGAUGAUACAGUGCAGAUGAUGGAGGGGAUGGUGCACCCCUACCAGGGGGACAAGGCGGCUUACUGUGAGAUAGCAAAUCGGAGGGUCAUGGAGGUGAUCAACUCUGCCAGGACCCGACAAGAGCUCCUUCAUGCAAAGACUUUCCACAGCAGCCACCAGGGCAGCUCCUUGUUAUCCCAGAAGGGCUCUCAAGCAUCCAGGGAUCUGAAACCAGAACCCGACACCUGGAUCUAUCCCUUAAUCCAAAUGAAACCUUUUGGGAUUCAAAUAGAUGAGGUGGUCACAGAGACACUGCUGACAGAGGCUGAACGGGACGCCAGGAUAUACCUCACCACUGGCUACUUCAACCUGACCCAAGCGUACAUGGACCUCAUCUUGGGCACGAGGGCUGAGUACCGGAUCCUCCUGGCCUCACCGGAGGUGAAUGGGUUUUUUGGUGCCAAAGGGGUGGCAGGUGCCAUCCCUGCUGCCUACGUUUACAUUGAACACCAGUUCUACAGUGAGGUCUGCUACCUCCACCAACAGGACAGGGUCCAGCUGCAGGAGUACUCAAGGGCUGGGUGGACUUUCCAUGCCAAAGGCCUCUGGCUGUACCUGGCAGGAAGUGAUCUUCCCUGCCUCACCCUCAUUGGCUCUCCGAAUUUUGGAUAUCGAUCAGUUCAUCGUGACUUGGAAGCUCAGGUCGCGAUAGUGACGGAGAACAAAGCUCUGCAGCAGCAGCUCCACCAGGAGCAGGAGCAGCUUUACCUCUGCUCAGGUGUAGUCUCAUCAUCAACAUUUGAGCAGCCAAAUCGUUAUGUGAAGCUGUGGGUGAAGCUGGUAACACCUCUGAUCAAGAAUUUCUUUUGAAAGAAGAAAAGUUGCUGCCUUGGUGCCCUGGAUGUGCCUGGCUGUUCAACCACCCAUUAACUGGAGCCCACCUGAGCUUCCUGGAGCUGCUCCUAGAUUUCCCCCUGUGCUGUGCACAGGCCAUGCAGUUGGCACUUCAGUCUGUGCCCUUGCUGCUGAGUGUCCACACCUCCAUUCUAUUUACAUGCAUUUCCCUCCAUCUCUGGAGCCCCCAUUGAUGUAAAGUUACGAUGUGUUAUGAGUGUCUUUCACGAAUUAUGGAGGGGCCUGAGAGGAGCCUUGGUGCUAGUGUGAAUUUUGGAAGCCUCCCACUUGCUGAGAGUGGGAGGCUGAAACUGUAAACACAUCCUGCACAGAAGAGAGGGUGCUGUGAGGAGGAAGGGGAUGGGGUAGUUGCUUGCAGUUGUUCUGUUUGGUUUCCUCCAGUGGUCUGGCUCCCGACCAGCACUUUAUCAGAAACCACCAAUUGAAACCCAGCAUCCGCCAGGAGAAACCCCAUGUCCUGAAGGAGCAGGGUCACCAUGACAGCAGCCCCUGCAUGGCUUUAUUGAUACUUUGCUAAAAUACUUUGGUACAAUCAACCUUAGCCUAAGUUACACAACA